AUGUCUGGACUCAAGGUCGGCGAUUCUUUCCCUGAGGGUGUAAAGUUCUCUUACAUCGAGCCAUCUGGCGACGACAUCAACACAUGUGGCAUUCCUGGACCCUUUGAUGCCAGUGCUGAAUUCAAGAAGAAGAAGGUCGUGCUCGUCUCCGUCCCCGGCGCCUUCACCCCCGUCUGCUCGUCUGCCCACCUCCCCUCAUACAUUGCCAACCGCGACGCUCUCAAGGCCAAGGGUGUCGCCCAGGUCAUCAUGAUUGCCUACAACGACGCCUAUGUUAUGUCUGCAUGGGGCAAGGCUCACAACAUCAAGGACGACUUUAUCCUCUGUGUCUCGGACCCUGGCUUUAGCAAGUCCAUUGGCUGGAACGAUGGCGAACGCACCUCUCGCUACGCCAUUGUUAUUGAUCAAGGAAAGGUCAUCUAUGCUGAGAAGGAGACAAGUGGCAUUGAGAAGACUGGCGCUGAGGGUGUUUUGGCCGCCCUGUAA